UGGCCAGAGCCCUGGCUGCGUUUCCGGGGACCUGGGCUACUGCCGCUGCGGGUGGGCAGCGGGCAGGGGAGGGGCGCGAAGCGAGACCUGAGCUCGCAGAGAGUAUCUCUCUGGCUUGGAGACUCCAAACCCGGCCGUGCAGGCUGCGGUCCCCAGAUCUCUGGCUUCGUCGGCAUCAAUGCUGCCUGCAGCAUCCGGCCAGGGGGGCGGGAGCCAGGACCCGCCCGCCCCCGGCCUGGUGCCCCCAGGAAAUGCAAAAGACAUCAUGAUAAUAUAUGAAGAAGAUGCUAAGGAAUGGGCUGUGUACUUGAGAGAAGUAUUUUUCCAUGUUGUGAAAAGAGAAGCAAUCCUGUUAUAUUGCUUAGACAGUUUCUCUCUUCAGCAUUUGGAAUUGCUAAGCUUAAACUCUUACAAAUGUAAACUUUUGAUAUUAUCCAGUGACCUGCUUAAAGACCUAACUUCAAAGAAGCGUCAGUUUCUAGAAGAAGUUCUUGACUCACCAGAAAGUGUUGUUACCCUGCUUUGUGGAAUGAAGAGCUCAAGUCAGCUAUAUAAAUUAUUAAAUAUCUCUGGAAGCCCAUGGGAAAUCUCAACAGAGCAGGAGCCUGAAGACUACAUUUCUAUCAUCAAGCAAAUCAUAUUCAGAGAUUCUGAAGACUACCUUGAGGUCAACGUUCCAGCGGACAUAGGAGUCAUGCAUUCUGGGGAAAUAAGUCAGAGAAAGGAUGAAGAAGAUUCAUCAGAAACUUCAAGAAGCACCAUACCACUGGCAGUAGUGCUCCCUGCUGAAAUUCCUUGUGAGAAUCCUGGGGAGAUAUUCAUUCUUUUGAGAGAUGAAGUAAUUGCUGAAACUGUGGAAGUUGAAUUUACAUCAAACAAUAUGCACAUUAGAGCACAGCCCGCCCUUUGGAAUAAGAAAGUCUGGUAUAUGAAAGCUUUAGAUUUUCCUGCUGGUUCAGUCAACAUCAGUGUCUACUGUGAUGGUAUCAUUAAGGCUACAGCAGAGAUUAAAUACUAUGCACCAGCAAAGGCGAUGGAAGACACCCACAGAGCAGCAGAUCCAGGAGAGGGUUUGUGCAAGAAUGACAUCGAAGAGCUUGAUGGCAUUCUUACAUCCAUAUUCAAACAUGAGAUAUCAUAUUAUGAAUUCUGGUCUCUUCAAAAUGAAACUUGCCCUCAAAAAGAAUAUACUCAUGUCAAACAACUACCAACUAUUCUCCACUGUGCAGCAAAAUUUGGUUUAAAGAACCUGGCUAUUCAUCUGCUUCAAUGUUCAGGAGCAAUCUGGGCAUGUAAGAUGAAAAAUAUGGAUGGUUCAGACCCAGCACAGAUUGCUGAAAGGUGUGGUCACAAAGAACUCAAGAAAAUCUUCGAAGAUUUCUCAAUCCAAGAAAUGAGCAGAAAUAAUGAUCAAGAAAAUGACUAUGAAGAAGAUAUUUUCUCAUUUUCUACAUAUUCUCCCUCCACGCAGUACCCAGCAUGGCAUCAUGAAAGCCGGAAGACCUACAGGCAGAGUACAGAUGGUGCCGAGGCAAUUGAAGGGACCAGGGAGGAAGAGGAGCCUGAAUCAGGCACCCAGGAGAGGCACAGCCCCUCAGAGGCUGGCAGCGGAAGUCCUGAGGACCAGUAUGAUGACUUGUAUGUGUUCAUUCCCGGAAAUGACCCAGAAAGUAAUUCACAAGAGCCACUCGUGUGCUGCAGACCACCUCUUCCCCCACCAAGACCUGUGUCUGCAGCCUUCCAACUGGAAAAACCUCACUUCACGUUACAAAGGAGAACCGCGGAAGGACAAGUAGAAAGGAGUCAAAACUGGAGUUAUCCUAGUGCCAGACAAGAAAAGAGAGAUGAACCCAAAGUAGAAGAAGAAAAGAAAGAAGAUGAAAAGAAACAGGAGGAGGAAGACCCUUACACUUUUGCUGAGAUUGAUGAUAAUGAAUAUGACCAGAUCCUGGCCAAUAUGAGUGUAAAGAAGAGAACCGGAAGUCGGUCCUUCAUUAUAAACAGACCUCCUGCCCCUACACCUCGACCCACAAAUGUACCUCCGAAGGAGGAAACAACACCUUACAUAGCUCAAGUGUUCCAACAAAAGGCAGCAAGAAGACAAUCUGAUGAUGAGAAGUUCCAUGGUCUUCCUAAGAAACCAGACAAAGCUCGGAUGGAGAGUCCAGCCUUUUCUACUGCGAGUGGCUAUCUGGCCUCUGGGCAGGAAGAGCUCAUUCUCCUGCAGGAGAAAGUCAAGAAAGGGAAAAUAUCUGUGGAUGAAGCUCUGGAGAAAUUUAAGCACUGGCAGAUGGAAAAGAGUGGCUUGGAAAUAAUUCAGCAGGAAAAGCUACGUCAACUCCGAGAUAGCAUUAUUGGGAAAAGGCCAGAAGAAGAACAUUUCUAUGAUAAACUCACCAUUGUGCAUCAUCCCAGUGGUAACACUUCCCAAAAUGAAAAUAUGUUGUAUAAUAAUCCCUUCAGCAAUAAGCUUCCUCCUCGACUCCAAGUUGAAAAGGAAUUCGGUGUCUGUUGCAGGAAAAAUCAAUAAAAAAGGUUAUGUUAAUAAAACUCAAGAAUGUACAGACAUUGUGCUUUCUGAGUGAAGCAAGCUUGCAUUUGAAUUGUCUGCUCUCUUCAGGGCAAGUCUUUACCAUGAAAGCGGAAGCAAGCUCUGAAUUUGGGAAUUUGUUAUUGCCACAAUUUAUCAGUGUCAUACCUACUCCAAAUGGAUGUUAUCAAUGUUAAAAUAGAAUAUCAUAGGCCAAUAACAUAUUAUGAAAAUUCUUGCAUUUUAUAAUGCACUUUGCACUUAAGAAGCUAGUUCUCAUUUUGAAAAGUAAAGAAAAACAAAAGCAGAGAAGUUAAAUGCUGCAUAGAAAGUUAUUGAACCUGUUUAUGGCACUAAUAAUAAUAGAUUAUUCCCAUGAAAAUACAAACCGACUUAGUACAUGUUUGCUUUUCGUGUCUAAAGUCGAGAGUCCUCACAUCUAGACAAUUGCUUUUGUUACACUGUUUAAAGAAACCUUCCUUUUGUUAGUUCUUUUGUUUUUUUGCUUAUAUCCCUGAGAAUAUUAUAUUUUUUGAAAAAUUUUGUGUAUCUCAAAAUAAUACACAUUUAUAAAACCUAUCAUUAAGUCUUUAUAAUUUCAUCAACCUAUUUCUUAGAAACAAUUUGCUACUUAGAAUAAAAUGUAUUUUUUUGUGGUUGUAGCUGGUACUGGAGAUUGAACUCAGGGGCCCUUUAUCACUGAGCUACCACUGACUUACAUUCCCAGCACCUACCCACCUCCAUUUUUUUCCUUGAGAAGGUGUCUUGCUAAAUUAGGUUGCUUAGGGCCUCACUAAAUAGCUGUGACUGGCUUAGAACUUGUGAUCCUCCUGCCUCAGUCUCUAGUGUUUCUGGGAUUACAUGUCUGCACCACCAAGCCUGCAAAAUGUAGUUUUUAUCAUAUAGUGAUUUCCAUUGAUAAAUGCCACAAGUAAAUUGAAUGUUUAAAAAUAUGUCUGAUUUCUCAAAAUAAAUUAAGAACUACUAAAAUUUUCCACUUGUGAGUUUAAAGGAGAUCUAUCAGUUUUUUUUAAAAAAAAUAAAUCAACUAAUUUCACUAGAUAACAUCCAUAUAGUAGAAUACAAACAAAUAUCUAUUUAAAGUAAUUCUGUAAGAUAUUUAUCAAUGGUUUCUCAUAUCUAUUAACAUCCUCAAAUAAACACAAGUUUUUAAAAUAAUGCAGUAACUUAAUCAAUCCCUAAUAGAAGCUGCUUUUGAAUGACUUCUGGAAAUUCAACCCAUAUUUUCACAUCCAAGAUUUUUUUAAAUGGCAUACCCUGCUGUGCACUGAGCCUCAAUUUCUGUGAACUGUCAUGGCCAAGAGUUAGAAUAAGCAAUGGAAAACUGAUAGCUUUUCUACAAUUUCCAGAUUCAUAAAAUUCAAAUAAUUAUAUCAUUUCUCAAGUAAGAAAUUCCAUAUUGGCCUGUGACCAAUGCCAGCAGUUUCACUAUUGGCUUUAUUCUCCUUAAAAAUGUGAAAUUCGAUGAUGAUUAAAUUGGUAACUUUUAUCACAA